AAUAUUGUAUUGUUCACAGGAUGGGCAUCUCGGUCAAUUUCUCCUCUUUUCUCCCCUCCAGACAACAACAUACACCUUUUGAGUAGAGGCGCGUCAGUGACACAAGCGCGGUCCAAUAAUUUGUCUGUCUGGUUACGGACAGAGAGCGUGAGAGCUUGUCGGGGCCCAAUCAGCGCUUUUGUAUUGCCUGCCAGUGCCGGGGACUGACUGGUUGUGAGGAUUUACUGCAGCGCCCCAGGAUCCCAAAGCCAAACCCGAAGCCAGUGGAACCUGCGGGGUGAAGGCGAGUCAGUCCAUUAUGGAGCGACUGAAUGAGGAGGCGGUGCGGCUGAGCCUGCUGAAGCGAGGCCUGGACUCCUCCUCGCCUGCAGGCGGCGCCACGAGCAGUGAGCGAGACGAGCUGCUCUCCAAACGCAUCAAGAUGGAGGGCCACCAAGCCAUGGAGCGCCUCAAGAUGCUGGCCUAUCUGAAACGCAAGGACCUGGCCAGCCUGGAGGGGGGAGUGUUGGGAGGGGUCUCAGGAGGCGGGGCCCUAGGGGGUGAGGUCAAGGGUCAUGGGUCUUCAGGGGGAGGGGCUUAUGAGGAGAAGACCAAUGGGAGCCUCCGUGGUCAAGUUGUGGGAGCCCAUGGCAUGGUGGGAAAGAGCGGGAAGGAGAACAUGGGCGAGGAGCCGGUGGAUUUCAGCGCCCGGAGAGGUGACGUUGACCGGGAGCGACACACACCCUCCCCUGAUGUGAUCGUCCUGUCAGACAAUGAGGCGUCCAGUCCAAGAGGGCCCAGCCAAGGGGAAGAACGCCUGAGGGUAGCGAACCUGGAGAUGUUUAAGGGUAAGACAGGGGAGGAGAGGCAGAAGAUGAUCAGGGCUCUGAGAGAGGAGCUGAGGCUGGAGGAGGCCCGGCUGGUGCUGCUGAAGAAGCUGAGGCAGAGCCAGAUGCAGAAGGAGAACCUGGUGCAGAAGGUCCCUGUGGUCCAGAACACAGUGUCUGCCCUCCAGAGCGGUGCCGUCCACGGGGCUCAGAGCAUGAGCAAGAUGACUGGCCGCCCUGGCCACCACACCCCAGAGCCCCAGAACCAUCGCACUGCACAGGUGGGCUACAGCAUUGCACAGGUGGGCUACAGCACUGCACAGGGUCACUCAGUGAUCAGGUCAGCCACCAACAGCUCCAUGUCUCAGAUGAUGAUGUCACAGAGCAGGGUGAUAGCGCCCAAUCCUGCCCAGCUGCAGGGCCAGAGGCUGGCACAGCAGAAGCAGGGUGGCAUGCGCUCCUCUAACAACGCCGUUAGCUACCAGCAGGUGGCAGCUUCUCAGCGCUCUGGAUCCUCCUCCUCCUCGGCCAUCUACAUGAGCUUGACCCACAUGCAGGCGGCCGGAGCCGCGGGAGGGGUCAGCGGGGUGUCGGGGGUGGGGGCGGUCAGCCCCUCAGCCACACACAGCCCAGGGGGGACAUCGGUGGGCUCCUCCAUGGUAGACACAGCCAGUAGCCAGGCGGCCGCCAAGCUGGCCCUGAGGAAGCAGUUGGAGAAAACCCUGCUGGAGAUCCCGCCUCCAAAGCCACCGGCACCGCUCCUCCACUUCCUGCCGUCAGCAGCCAACAGCGAGUUUAUCUAUAUGGUGGGCCUGGAGGAGGUUGUGCAGAGUGUCAUUGACAGUCAGGGUAAACUGCGUUUGCCCUCCUCCAUGGAACCCUUUUCUUGUGCCCAGUGCAAGACGGACUUCACCCCUCACUGGAAGCAGGAGAAGGGUGGGCGCAUACUCUGCGAGACCUGUAUGUCAUCCAAUCAGAAGAAGGCACUGAAGGCCGAGCACACCAAUAGGCUGAAGAACGCCUUCGUUAAGGCUCUACAGCAGGAGCAGGAGAUUGAGCAGAGAAUCCAGUUGCAAGCCGCUCUUGCCACCAGUUCAGCUCAGACUGUUCCAAGCGUCAGUAAGGCUGAGUCCAUGAGCAGACAUCACACACACAGACAGGCGCCUCAGCCCCAGGUGACCCAGUCACAGGCCUCCCUCCAACGGGGUCUGUCUGGCUCGGCCCGGGGUGUUCUGUCCAACUUCGCCCAGGCUUCCCAGCUCUCAGUGGCCAGCAGCCUGCUGGGCAUGACUGGAAAGCGCAGUGGACAGCUGAGCACUAGUGGGCACAGCCGGGCACAGCAGCAACAACAACAGCAGCAGCAGCAGCAGCAGCAUCACGACAACCGCCGCCAGCUCUACAGCAUCCCUGGGGUGAACAUUGCCUACCUGAACCCAGGCAACGUGGUCGGCCACAAGGGGUCGAGCCUGGCUGACCGCCAGAGGGAAUACCUGCUGGACAUGAUCCCGCCUCGCUCCAUAUCCCAGUCCAUCAGCGGACAGAAAUGAACCUCACCCCGCCCCGACGCAAUACCACAGCCCUUCCCCACACCACACCCCAACCCCUAUCGCAUGCAGUGCCUGUUAGUGUGCCUACCAAACUAACCUGUAUGAAGAACACAAUCAACGAGUCAAAAGAGGCCACCAAACUCUGAAAUGACUUUUCAUUUGAACGUGAUGCAAACCCCUUUUAAUUCCUCUUGUUAUUAAUAUCGUCAUUAGUGCUAUGGAUGUUGUUACUACAUUGCCGCUACCAGUUAUGAGCGUGCCCAUCUUUGUGGAGAACCCCUGUCUUUAUAUGCUUGUGGCAGUGUCCCGAGUGUGGGGUGUCUUUUGUUUUCGAUUUAUGCGCUUGUUUUUGAAGCAAUAUUUUGUCUCGCUUGAGCUUUCCUUACCGGACUCAAGUCUUUGUUAUGUCGGGAAUUACCAAGCUAUCUUUUUGAGAACUGCACCACUCUCCAUCCCUGCUCUUAGUCUGAUUUCUGAUUUCAACCAUCACUCUGUUUUUCCACAUUUGGUUGUGAAUUGUUGGAGGAGGAAUUCUACCAGCCCGGCCAAACCUUUGUUUUAAAAAGGUGAUUGUGAUGGUUUAACUUUGACCUGAAUCUGUCAAGCCUUUGAGCUUGAGCUUUCUUCAAAGAUUUGUGGGGAGAAAAGAGGAUGUUUGAGACCCUGGAGUUGUCUGGAGCAAUGCUCCUCUAACUGAUUGUUGAAACAAGGAUGGAUACAUAUCCCACAAAGAGAGAGAGAGCCCAAUGUACCAUCUGGACUUGGAUUGGAUGCACCGCUGAAAAAAUGCUACUCCCAUUGUACAUGAAGGCAUAGAAACUGAACCUAUAGCAGAGUUGCCCUGUAUCCUUUCACCUUUUCAUUUGA